GCGGAAUUGAUGGGUGAGAGGGCACCAAACCUCCUCGCUAUAUUUCUUCCGCUGAGAUUUUGUGAUUUUGAUAAUAAAUAAAUAAAUAAAUAAUGCACCGACCACUGAGCACAACCCGACCAAUCCAAGAACAAAAGGAAGACGAUGCAUUUAUGUUUUUUCUAAAAAGAAGAAGAAAAGGAAGAACAACAAAAAACUUCUUAAAUUCUUUGAUCGAUUCAUCAAGAAAUAUAAUCUUCUCGGUCCCCGCUUGAGUCAAUCCAACUAGGAACUAAUCUGCUCAAGGGGGGGACAUAAAUACGUUACAGCCUCUUCCUAGGAUGACAAUUGAAAACGUUAAACAUAGUAAUAAAGAAAGGAAUCCAAGGAAGAGCAAUGGAUUUGGGGUUAAUGAGAAGUCGCCGCUGUUGCCUAGUAAGAACGAGGAAGGUUCCGGGUUCGAUGAGUUCAAUGGGGCUUCUUUUAGCGGAGCUGUUUUUAAUUUGUCAACCACUAUUGUUGGGGCUGGAAUUAUGGCAUUACCUGCAACUAUGAAAGUUUUGGGUCUUAUCUUGGGGGUCGCUGUGAUCAUAAUCAUGGCAUUCCUGACAGAAGCUUCAAUUGAAUUUUUGCUAAGGUUUAGUAGGACUGCUAAAUCAACUUCUUAUGGAGCUGUUAUGGGGGAUGCGUUUGGGAAGUACGGGAAAAUGAUGCUCCAAAUAUGUGUCAUGAUCAACAAUGUUGGUGUGCUUGUUGUCUACAUGAUUAUCAUAGGUGAUGUGCUUUCUGGAACAACCGAAAGUGGAGUUCAUCACAAUGGUGUUCUGGAAGGGUGGUUUGGGAUGCACUGGUGGAAUGGGAGAUUCUUUGUCCUUUUGGUUACUACUAUUUGCAUAUUUGCACCACUGGCUUGCUUAAAACGCAUAGAUUCAUUAAAAUUUACAUCUGCACUGUCAGUUGCACUGGCUGUUGUUUUCCUUGUUGUGACUGUGGGAAUAACCGUAUACAAGAUUAUAAAUGGAACUAUUGUGAAGCCCAGAUUGCUUCCAGAUGUUUAUGAUCUGACUUCAUUUUUAAGGCUAUUCACUGUAGUCCCUGUCCUUGUCACAGCUUAUAUCUGCCACUAUAAUGUUCAUACCAUUGACAAUGAACUCGAGGACAACACACAGAUAAAAGCAGUGGUUAGGGCCUCACUCACGCUUUGCUCAAGUGUCUAUGUAUUAACAAGCAUCUUUGGAUUCCUCUUGUUCGGCGAUGAAACUCUUGAUGAUGUUCUUGCAAACUUCGACACUGAUCUUGGAAUCCCAUUUGGUUCUGUUCUCAAUGACAUUGUCCGUGUCAGCUAUGUUGCACACUUAAUGCUGGUCUUUCCUAUCGUCUUCUAUCCAUUGAGGCUCAACUUGGAUGGUUUGAUCUUCCCAUCUUCAAGGCCUUUGGUGCUUGAUAAUGCGAGGUUCGGAUUGGUUAGUGGUGGGCUUAUAUCUGUCAUCUUCCUGGGUGCAAAUUUCAUUCCCAGCAUUUGGGAUGCUUUCCAGUUCACAGGAGCAACGGCUGCUGUUUGUGUUGGGUUCAUAUUUCCUGCUGCUGUUACGCUUAGGUGGCUUUCUCCCUCAUAUCCAAGAACCUGAGCAAACACGGCUCUUCUUGUCGCGACCUCCGACGAACUCCGCAAAGGGGCGGCAAAUCCAGUGAAGGGGGCUCCUCUCUAUGCGAACAGGAAAAGUCAACGGAGCUGGUUCCGACUGCGGCCAUUUGACCCUGUUGUUUUAGGCUCAAAUCGAGAAGCAAAUUGAGAAUCUCAAUUUGAGAUCUUCCGGUACCGAAGCAAUUUGAGAAUCUCAAUUUACUUUGGCGGCUUCUUCCGCCGAAUUGAAGGUUCAGAGCAAACGUGCGGCUGUUCUUGCCAUAAUCUCCGGCGAACUCCGGCAGCAACUUUGGCGACGACACCCUCUCUCCGGCGAAGGAAGCCUCUCUACUCUCUGUCAAUGGAAAAAAAGAAACAACGAAACAAAGAGAGAAAGAAAUCACGAAAGGAAAAGUGAAAAACAAAGAGGAAGAGGAGUGAAGAGGGGAAGUAAGGUCCCUGGGAAGAUGAAUAUAAGGAACGACAGAAAACCAGAAAAGAAAAGGGAAGACAAAAAAAGAAGGGAAAAAGAAAAAGGAGAAAUAAUAAAGAAAAAAGAAUACAACUGCCAUGUGGCCUGCCACGUGGCUGCCACGUGAGCAGUCAACCGGGGAAACCAGUUUUUAACCUGCUAAACAGUCCAAUUGAACGUUUUUUAGAAGUUUGGGGGGUUUAAUCGGGUGUUUUUAAAGUACGAGGGUUUAAUUGACUUUUCCGGUAUAGUACGGAGGCUUAUUUGACAGUUUUCUCUUAUUUUUAUUAUACUCUAUAAAGAUUAAGAAAUCUAAUCAUAUGAAAAAAACUUUAAUCACAUUUCAUGUUUGUUUCUUUGCAUUGUCUAUGAUAAAACAAAACACAAGAAUUUUAAAACAAUUCUUAGCAUUGUAGUCCUUUCUCUUUCCGAUAUCCAAACACACCAUAUAGUAUGGUUAUAAGUUAUGACAACAAUUUCACAUUAAACUGUCAACUAAAUGGUGAACCUGGAGUGAACUUGGCAUUUUUCUUUCGGGGGGAAGGGGCCAAUCUACUAAAAUAUAUUUAGAAAUCCUGGCAUAGCAUUUGACUAUAUAGUGUUUUCAUGUUUCAGGGAUAGGUAUGGCAUAUCAACAAGAAAGGAUAAGAUAUUAUGUACCUUUAUGAUAGUCCUGGCAGUGUUAUCAAAUCUGAUCGCUAUAUACAGCGACGCCUAUGCGUUGUUUAAGAAGAAAGCAUUGGUGCCCGCAUGAUUGCAGAUACGUGAUCAUAUAAUAUACGGAGUAUAUAUUUGUAUAGGGAAAGUAGCAAUUUUUAUUGGAACUGAUGAUGAUUUUGAAUAAAGAUGAAUAUGCAUUCUGCUCAAUAUUGAGCUGAGCAGACAGCAGUGCUACCAAAAAUGCAUGUAUGUAGUAGAGUUUGUUUUGUAUUAUUAGAAGGUUGCAAUGUACUAAUAAAAAAUGGAGUAUUUGUUAGUUAAUUGCGCAUUAUCAUUCAAGUA